GCAGCUUUAGAAGAAGUAGAAGGAGAUGUGACAGAACUGGAACUGAAACUUGACAAGCUGGUGAAGCUUUGUAUUGCAAUGAUUGAUACUGGGAAAGCAUUCUGUACUGCCAACAAGCAGUUCAUGAAUGGAAUUCGAGACCUUGCACAAUAUUCCUGUAAAGAUGCAUUAGUUGAGACCAGCUUGACAAAGUUCUCUGACACCUUACAGGAAAUGAUCAAUUAUCACAAUAUCCUGUUUGACCAAACCCAAAGAUCAAUUAAAGCACAGCUUCAGUCUUUUGUUAAAGAAGAUAUUAGGAAAUUUAAAGAUGCAAAAAAACAGUUUGAAAAAGUCAGUGAAGAAAAAGAGAAUGCUUUAGUAAAAAAUGCCCAAGUUCAAAGAAAUAAGCAACACGAAGUAGAGGAAGCAACCAAUAUUUUAACUGCAACACGGAAAUGUUUUCGACACAUAGCUCUGGAUUAUGUUCUUCAGAUCAAUGUUCUUCAGUCUAAAAGGAGAGCAGAAAUCUUAAAAUCGAUGUUGUCAUUUAUGUAUGCCCAUCUGGCUUUUUUCCAUCAAGGCUAUGAUCUUUUCAGUGAACUUGAGCCCUACAUGAAAGAUCUUGGUGCACAGCUGGAUCAGUUGGCUGUAGAUGCUGCAAAGGAGAAGAGAGAUAUGGAGCAAAAGCACUCCACUAUUCAACAAAAGGAUUACUCCAGUGAUGAUACUAAACUAGAAUACAAUGUAGAUGCAGCCAAUGGUAUUGUUAUGGAAGGGUAUCUAUUUAAGCGAGCCAGCAAUGCCUUCAAGACUUGGAACAGGCGCUGGUUCUCAAUACAAAAUAACCAACUUGUGUACCAGAAGAAAUUUAAGGAUAAUCCCACAGUAGUUGUUGAAGACUUGCGGCUUUGCACAGUUAAACACUGUGAGGACAUAGAAAGGCGUUUCUGUUUUGAGGUGGUUUCUCCAACAAAAAGCUGCAUGCUUCAGGCUGACUCGGAAAAGCUGCGACAAGCAUGGAUUAAGGCUGUUCAGACCAGUAUUGCUACAGCAUAUAGAGAGAAAGGGGAUGAAUCUGAGAAACAGGAAAAGAAAUCAUCCCCUUCUACUGGAAGCCUAGAAUCUGGCAGUGAGACAAAAGAGAAGUUGUUAAAGGGAGAAAGUGCUCUACAGCGAGUUCAGUGUAUUCCUGGUAAUGCUGCCUGCUGUGAUUGUGGUUUGGCAGAUCCUCGCUGGGCCAGUAUCAACCUAGGAAUCACGCUGUGCAUUGAGUGCUCUGGGAUACACAGGAGCUUGGGAGUCCACUUUUCAAAAGUAAGAUCUUUAACGCUGGAUUCAUGGGAACCUGAACUUCUAAAGCUUAUGUGUGAAUUGGGAAACGAUGUUAUAAAUAGAAUAUAUGAAGCGAAGUUGGAAAAAGUGGGAGUGAAGAAGCCACAACCUGGAAGCCAAAGGCAGGAGAAGGAGGCAUACAUCAGAGCAAAAUAUGUGGAAAGAAAGUUUGUAGAGAAGCAGCCUGCAUCAGUAUCUCUGCUUGAAUCUGGAACAAAAGUUUUGCCUCAAAGUCAGGAAGAGAAAAGGCACAGUGGCCCUAGGGAGCAAGGUGUGGCAUUCCAAAAAGUACAAAGCAGUGACAGUGGGAUCCAGCAGAGUACUGAUGACAGCAGAGAACACCUUGCCUCUACUAUGUCAGCUAACAGUUUGUAUGAACCAGAAAGAGACAAGCGAGAGUCUUCUGUGUUCUGUGACUCCAAACAGCCUAGUCCAGGAUUGCAGCUGUAUCGAGCUGCCUUUGAGAAGAAUCUUCCUGAUAUGGCAGAAGCAUUGGCCCAUGGAGCUGAAGUAAACUGGGUCAACAUAGAAGAAAACAAAGCAACACCACUCAUUCAGGCAGUGCGAGGGGGUUCGUUGGUUACUUGUGAAUUCUUGCUGCAGAAUGGGGCCAAUGUGAACAUCAGGGACAUGAAAGGAAGAGGACCCCUGCACCAUGCCACGGUUCUAGGACAUACUGGGCAAGUGUGUUUAUUCCUAAAACGAGGAGCAAACCAGCAUGCCACUGAUGAAGAUGGGAAAGAUCCAUUGAGUAUAGCAGUAGAAGCUGCAAAUGCAGAUAUUGUAACAUUGUUGCGUUUAGCAAGGAUGAAUGAAGAAAUGCGUGAAUCGGAAGGACUCUAUGGACAGCCAGGAGAUGAAAUUUAUCAGGACAUUUUUCGUGAUUUUUCUCAAAUGGCAUCAAAUAAUCCAGAGAAGCUAAACCGUUUCCAGCAGUCUGAUUCCCAGAAGUCUUAAGUGUCAAGAAGGCAAAGAACCUGAUCCUUAUAGUGCAAGUCUUUUUUUACUUUAACAGAAUGAAUUAUAUGCAUUUUGUUAGAUAGUUUGGAUAAAAUGACCACUCUGAUGUAGCUUUAGAUUGUGGUAGCUGGGGAAAUGUAUGAGUUUUAUGUUCUACAGUAUGUAUACCUCAGCAGCUGAAGAAAAUGUUUUGGAAAAGGAAUACCUGCUAGCUCAAUAUAAAAAUAGCACCUGUUAGCAAGUACAAAGUUUGUCUGCAGUUCAUAAAGUUAUCAGUGUAGCUGUGUACGUUGCAGAUUCCGGAUGGCAGGAA